UGUAAUCAGAAAGAUACGUCGGUAAACAAAACAAUGUAAAUGUAAACACGUAUACUUCAGGUAUAUCUAAUUAUUAAUAUUAAUUUUCCAAGCGUUAUUUUCAUACUUCACAGUUGACAAUCAAUCCAUCAUGUCUUGAGGUUCAUUGAUACGUGAUUAUACUCAUUAUUCUUGUUCAAAGCUCAAGAAUUUCAUUCGACAUGUCAAACAGGAGUUCUUCCAGUUCCACCAGAUCACAACUCACAAGUGCCAGUGAUAUAUCAAAAUCAGAUCGCAACGCAGAUAGCUCUUCUAGAACCGAGAACCAUCCCAACAAGAAUAAUAAUCUUAGAGUGAAUAGCUGCGAUUACUCGUGGAAUAUUGAUAUUUCGGAUUCGAAAUGGACGCGCCGAAAACUUCAAUCUUCUAUAUUUCCAUCUGCCGGCGACGAUUUAAAGUGGCGUUUAGAAUUUACAAAGCAGACGUAUGAGGGCGAGUUCAUUUCGAUUACUUUGCAUCUUGAGAAUGAAAAUGUUUUUUUCAAAAAAUAUAACGCUGUAAAAGGGGUCGUGACGUUGUCUAUCAAGAGAUCUGAUGGUAGUAACGUUCAAAAGAAGAACCACAAAUUUGUCAUCCUGAAUACUGACGAUACUUGUAAACCGGUGCUGCCUCGUAUAGGUUUUUCGGAUCCCAGAGAGUACCCUUACCUUGGGCAGCCUUCGAUCGGUAGUCAAUCAUUUAUAAUUAUUUGCAAAAUCACCUACGUAACGAGCAAAAAAAAAUUACGUGAAAAUCCUACUUCCAGCCUUUCCAACGACUUGGAAAAUUUACUCACUAAUAAACAAUUCGGCGACGCGAUCAUAAAGGUAAAAGAUAAAGAAUACCCUGUUUAUAAAGGUAUCUUAGCUGCUCGUAGUCCAGUUUUCGAAAGGAUGUUCCGAGAAGAUAACGGCAUGCUAGAGAACACAACAAACGUUGUCAACAUUUCCGACUUGUCUCCAGAAAUUAUCGAAGAAAUGUUACUUUUUAUUUAUACCGGAAAGGUUAAAAAAUUAGAAAAAUCAGUUUACGAAUUGCUACCCGCGGCAAAUAAAUAUCAAUUGGAAGAAUUGAUGGAAAUUUGCGAAGAAAUGUUAAUUGAGCAGUUGUCGAAAGAUAACGUGAUCAAUAUAUUAAUACUGGCUCAUACUCAUAAUGCGAAUUGGCUCAAAACAGAAGCGCUUCAAUUUGUAAAAUCGUAUUCGCGUUCCGAAGAUCUGAAGCAGAGUGAAAUUUGGGAAGUUUUAACCUCGUAUCGUGAUUUGACCAAGGAUGUGCUUGCUGUUCUUCUUGACAAAUAAAGACUUAUAAUAUCGAGAUGAAUUAGGCCUAAUGAAUAAUAGGUAUUUUUGAACAAUUUAAAUGUAAUUUUUCAAACAAUUUUUAUUUUUGUAAACGUCGAGUCGAAAGUGCUACUUUUUUACCCUCGCAUUUGUAAUUUUAUUUUAAGUAUUACGUAUCUACUUGAACCAUUUUUAUUGAAUGUUUCUUUAAUGUAAGCUUAGACCAUUAUUUAGAAUUUAAAAUAAUUGAUGUUGACUUUUUUUUGUUUUUUGUUUAUUCAUAUCUAUUAAUUUCUGAAGAAGGUAUUUUAUUUACCUACAGGGCUUUUUUUGUGGGGGAGCGAUAGGGGACUGCCCCUCCCCAAGAAAAUGCAAAAAUAUCGAAAAAUUACCAUAAAAACUAAAAAAAAUGAAAGAAUUUGAAAAAAAAAUUAAAAAUUUGGUAACUUUUUUUUUAAAUUAGAAUUUUUUUCAUGUUAAAAUUAUUCAAACACAAAAUUUGCCAAGGUUGUCACAUUGAAAUUUUUGAAUUGUGGAACAUUGUACUUGAAGAGCAAAAAAAAGUUUCUCAAAACACAGUGUCCAAGGGGGGGGGGGAGGUGUACGAAAAUUAGGGACUUGCAACUUCAAUUCAGCGUACCUCCCUUCCUCUCCCCUACCGGAAGGAAAUACAAAAAAAGGCCUUGGUAAAUUUUCAAUAGAAGAUUUUUUCAAAAGGAAAUUUCUUGCCAAAAUUGAAAAAAAUUGUUCAUUAUUAUUUACAAAAUUUAAAUAGACACAAAAUAAUUAGAACAUUGGGUCGUGGCAAAUGUUCAAUUUUGAGGGGGAAAAACAAAUAAAAAUCGAGUUGUGGUUUAUCCUCGACCUGUUUACAGGACUUCUCUGUGUUUGAGUCGAUUUCCAGGCGGACACCACAAGUGAAUUAUUUUUUGGCCAGCAUUCUUCAUUUCAGAGUCAGUUCCACUUUUUCCGAUCAAAUUCGUAAUAAUAUUAUUUUGGAAAGGGUAUUCCCGGGUGAAAUAGUUGAAAUGCCCCUGUCCUCGUAUUUUUGAAAUUGUGAUGGAAUUAUUGUUGGGUAUCUUUAAAGAAGGGUUCGAGCCAAAAAAAAAUCCUCCCACCCCAUUGCCCAGAUUGGCGAAAAAACGAUUUUUUUUCGGGGGGGGGGGAAUCAUACUUCAACGAGUUUUGAAUAAAAAAUCAGGGUGUCUAACGGUCCUUCCGGUCCUUCCAGGUCAGUAAAAGUCCUUCUUUUUGCCUAUUGGUCCUUCUUUUUCAAAAAGUCCUUCAAAAGUCCUUCUUUUUGCCCGAAGGUCCUUCUUUUUUCCGAAUUUUCUAAUAAUUCUGUCAUUUAAUAAAAAUUAGGAAUGGUGUUCUUUUACGUCUCA